CCUAUCUCUCUACCCUCGCAACUUCUAGUUAUCGCUGUCGUAUGAGAGCUCCCCUCCCAAAAACAUACGCCUCAACUAGUUGACUCGAACCGCCCACAUGCGUGCUAUAAACCCGAGUUGGCAUGCGUGAACACCAGGUUUUGCUUGGCGGUUAGGAACUAUAACCAGCAAUUAAACAGCUCAAGGAGUUGUGGAACGCGGCUUCUUUGUCCGGGUGUCGGAGAUGGCGUCUGCGGCAGUCGGCAUGCCGUCGCGACUUCCAACGGCAGCGGCGGCCUUUCUUCUAGCCGUGACAUGCUUGCUGUUAUUGGGCGUAGCAAGUGCUGAUACAGCCUCACCAAGCGACGCAUCGGACAUUAAGGCAAGGCCGAACAGGCCGCGCAAGGUCAUCUUCGACCACGAUGGCGGCAUCGACGACUACGUUACACUGCUGCUACUGCUAUCCUGUCCGGAGCGUGUGCGUGUCAUCGGCAUCACCAUCCUUGACGCCGACUGUCGCGCCGAGCUAGCCUGGAACACCACCCUCAAGCUGCUGCACACGCUGGGGCACGAGCACGUACCCGUGGCCGUGUCUUCCCUACCCGCCGUCAACCCCUUCCCCGACCCCUGGCGCAACAGCGUGCUGUCAGUUGACGUACUGCCGCACAUCAACGACCUUACGCAGGAAGACCUGGCUCCGCUCCGGCUGUCAGUACCCGGCCAGGAGCUCAUGGCGCAGCUGCUGCUGGGCACCUUCCAAUCCGCCUCCGGAUCCAGAGACAAAUCCGGAUCCAGAUCCAAUGGAACUGAUGGAGGCGCCGCAGCUGUGGCCGACGACGACGAUGAUGGCGAGCCCAUCACGGUUGUGGCCACCGGCCCGCUCAGCAAUGUGGCGCACGUGUUGCGGAAGCACGGGCGGGCGGCGGCGGACCGCAUCCGGGAGGUGUGGUGGAUGGGCGGCGCCGUGUGGGUGGGCGGCAAUGUGGCGUUCCCCGGACACGACGGCAGCGCGGAGUGGAACGCGUUCUGUCUUGCUACCCCCAUCCAAGCAAGCAGAUUGCAUUGGUUACAAGAGGGACUUGCUGACGCGAGUCACGAGCGACAUCUGCUCUGGACCUCAGGGACGUGCCACCUGCAUCGCCGACGACCUACUCUAGUAGUAGGCUUGCUCUCGGACCCCGCUGCAGUGGGCGAGGUGUGGGGCUGGCCCUCCGUGCCGCUGGUGGUGGUGCCGCUGGACGCAACAAACGCAGUGCCCGUCACCCCCGACCUCAUCUACAGGUUCGGGCGCCAGUCGCGCUACCGCUACUCGGUCCUGGCCGGCACGGUCUGGUCGCGUGUGGUCACGUGGGUGUACGACAGACCAGACGAGCCGUACUACGCCUGGGACACCCUCACAGCCGCAUGCGUACUGCAGCCCGACCUGUGUGACAAGCUGUACGACGUACAGUCGUACGUUGUGGUGGCGGGCGCCAGCCAGGGCCGUACGGUACCGCUGGCGCCGUCGCCGGAGGCGGCGGCGGCGGCGGCUGGUGGUGGCGAAAAGGGCUCUUGCGUGGCGGCGGCUCCUGAUGUGGAGACGGGCAUGGCGGGGAGGACUGGGGUGAAGGACGGGGAGGAGGGCGUGCAGAGCGCGGUGGAGGCGGCGCGGAUGCUGGCGGAGGUGACCGGAGCUGGUGCGGCGGAGGCGACAACAGGCGGGCAGCGUCCAGGACAACAACAGGGGGAGCAGCAGCAGCGGUCUGGCAGUCGGGGCGUAACGGUGGUGAGACACGUGGAUGCAGAGGAUUUCUACACGUUUGUGCUCAACGCACUACGCCUAUGAGUUUACCGUAUGUUUGUGACUUUAUGCCUUGUGCGGUAACAGCAUGGCCGCGGCUUUGCGGUUUGAAGUGUAGGGCCGUAGGGGUUGGGUGGUGUGUGUGGGGGGGGGGCCUGGGGUGGGUGGGUGGGGGUGGGGGUCACACCACCACAGUGGAUCGUACCUGGUGCCCUUGCCACAAGCCGGCAAGCCCGGUAAGAGGACCCGCGAAGUGCAUGGAGACUUGGAGUAUUGUGUAUAAGCUCGGUCACGGUCUCACAGACUAGGUUCAGGCAUGUAGCGGGGCGUGUGCCAAUGUCCUGCUGCUGCCUACUGCAGUUGACGCAGUGGAGCAGAGUGGAGCUGAGUGGAGGGUCAUUUCUGGCGUGAGCGGUGAGCCAUUCAACAGCCCCAAGAAAUUCAUAGCACUGGCUAAUGUUAUAAUGUAGCUAACUAUGGAGAUGAGUCAUAAUCUGUAUGCCUAUCGAGGUGCCUUUGCAAUACGAGGGCUACGUUACAAGUGCCGCGGAGUGCCCUUGUGCCUGAGUAUGAUGAGUUGUGCAUGUGGGGCGUGUUACCGUGCGCAAGCAGGAAUGCAGGAUUGGCUACACGGAUACUUGCAGCAGCAGGGCAUCAGGGUGCUGUAUCCUGUGUGUAGGUAGGCGGUUUUGGCCGUGGGGAACGGCGUGCGGGAGUGCUGCGAAAGUGCGACACCCAGACCUGAGUCUGAAGCAAGGCUGUUGACUCACCAGGACAGUAAAGUAUGCCUCGCACAUUUGGCUUCUAUUUAUAUUUUGCACAUGUUGCAGCCGGGUGGAGUCCUCCGCGGCGAAACCGGAAGCACAUGGACCGGUCCCCCCGAUCCGACGGCAGAUUUGCUCGAGAGUAAGCUUUGACUCGUUCAUUCACGUGUCAUGUUUUCGCUGCAAUCUGUCGACGUCCUGUAAUGAUAUACUGCA